AUGAAGCCCAAAGAGUAUGAGCGUGCCAAGAAGAAGUCCUCGCAUUACGGAUUCCAGUUCGAUAUCAAUGUCGACACUUACCUACCUCCAGACAUAAUCGUAGACGACGAGGGCCUGCGUUGGCUAACAGGACCAUUGCAAUAUCCAAGACGUGGCAAGAGAUACUACCAGUCACAAUGCCUGUUCCGGUUGCUCAAAACGCAAGACACGAUCCAUGAGCUCCAGGAACGUUUAGAAUCCCGCGACAAAUCCAAAGAUGCCGGAAUCAAGAAGGUCCAUGACCGAAUUCUGAAAUCCAUUCGCAGCCAUGAGAUAGCUGUGGCUCGCGAAGCUGCAGAGCCCUGGUGGCGUGAUCCUACAAGGACUUUAGACGAGAAGAUCUCUUUCAUCCUCGUCGAGCCUUGGCGGAGAGCAUCAAAGACAAUAAUGUGCUCAAGACAUCCUGCUACGUACUCCGUCGAAGCACUCCUGGUUUCUACUCCAGGCCGGAUUCUAAAGGAGGCCGACUGUACCUGGGCGACCUCGUCGGAGAAGCAAAGGCCGUUGCGACGAAGGCGGCAGAACUACAGGUUGAGGCUGAGGAGGAAGAGCGCCAGGCAAACGCUCAGAGUGCGGACAGAAGCUGAGGCCAAGAAGGCUCAGCAGAAGGCUCGGCACAACGCUCAGCAGAAAGCCCUUCUAGCUGACGCUAUGCGGAUGCCUGACUGGGAUCCCACUGGGACUUGGUCUAUUCGAUGCGAAAAGCUGUCAACGUACAUGUACGGUCGAGGUGCUCCACAGAAGUUGACGAUGCAGAUAUGGCGGGACGACUUUCGUUUCGACAAGAUGUGUGAGGAUGACGAAGAUGGCGUACCUGAAGAAGAAGAAAUGGACGAUGCAGACGAUGAGAUCGACGAGGAAGCAUACGACCCAUGGGACGACGAGGAAAUUGAGAACUUUCCCUGGGGUCAGCAAUCUCAUUCCAAGAAACCAGCGGAAAAGAAUGCUCACCUCCCGCGAUUCUGCGCCAAAUUCCAUUUUGCCGUAGUUGAAGGAGUAAUGCGAAUCGUUCCACCUGAGAGCACAAGGCAACAGUUUCCAAAGACCUUCCUGAUCAAGAACAAUCGUUGCUUCGAAUGA